AUGGAUCAGUACCACAUUUUGCGCGAUGACUGGGAGUUUGUUCAGGCCGUCUCGCACUUCAAAAAGAUGCGGGCCUCGCCUCUCAACGCCGCGGGGGGAGACAUACCGGCGGCCGUCAAGUCGGCCUUCACCCGGGAAUUCAACAAGACGCACCACACCGAGAGUUUUGUGAAGGGGGCGCUGCAGCACAUGGCUGGCGUGGACACUCAAGCCGACGACGCCGAGGCGGAGGCGGAGAAUGCGGACGAUGGAAAAGGGCUGCUGAAGGGCGGCGCAGGGGCCACCAAAAAGCCGGCGGCGAAGAGGGCGGCGGCGAAGAAGGCGGCGGCGAAGAAGGAGUCCGCGCCAAAGCCCAAGGCAAAGCGGGCGCCACCGAAGGCCAAGAAGGCAGCGGCAAAGCGGCGAAGAAAGGCGAAGGAGUCGGACUCUGAAGAUGAGUUCACCGGGGACAGCUCCGACAGCUCCGACAGCUCUGACGAGUGA